GGAAGAUUUAUUUCGUCUUUUUUUUUCCCGUUUGGCUUCUCUUUAUACUUCGCGUCAAUAAUCACAUAAAAUGGGCCUCCGGGUGCUACAUAUUUUAAAGCCUUUUAUGGGCCUUCUACCAGAAAUUGAAUCACCCAUUGGAAAAAUUCCUCUAAAUGAGAGAUUGUUAUAUACUGCUGUGGCACUUAUUGGUUACUUGGUAAUGGCACAGCUUCCUUUGUGGGGCGUCAUUUCCAAGGAGUCGUCAGAUCCUCUUUAUUAUUUCCGUGUUGUUUUGGGUGCUCACCGCGGCACAUUGAUGGAAUUGGGUGUGUUACCUAUCCUUACUUCAGGUAUGGUUAUGCAGUUGACAGCUGCUGCUAGAGUGAUCCAUGUCGAUUAUAGUUUGAAAGAAGAACGUGCAUUGUUCUGUGGUGCACAAAAAUUAAUUGCUGUUCUUAUUGCUAUCGGCCAAGCUGCUCUUCUUGUUUUCACUGGUUUCUAUGGUGACCCUACUGAAUUAGGUCCCUUGCGUUGUGGUGCCUUAGUACUUCAAAUUGUUUUUGCUUCCACUAUUACCUUACUUUCAGAUGAAUUAUUACAAAAAGGAUAUGGCAUCGGUUCCGGUAUCAACCUUUUCGUUGCUACUAACGUUGCUCAAACCUUCUUGUGGAAGUCUAUUUCUUUUGUCAGCUAUGAAACUUUCCGUGGCUCUGAAAAGGAAGGCGCCAUCGUUGCUCUUUUCAGCUUGCUUAAGAAUCGUUCCAACAAAGUCCGUGCUCUUAAAGAUGCCUUUUACCGUACCGAUUUAACGAACAUGAUGGAUUUGAUCGCCACUUUGGUCACCUUUGGCUUAGUUAUCUAUGUUCAAGGUUUCCGAAUUGAAUUACCUGUCAAGUCCAACCGUAUGCGUGGCCAACGUGCAUCUUAUCCUAUCCGUUUCUUCUACACUUCAAGCAUGCCUAUCAUGCUUUUGUCCGCUGUUUAUGCCAAUAUCCAUUUGAUUUCCCAAACCCUCUUCAUGUUCUUUGGCAAUCACUUUUUUAUCCGUUUCCUCGGUAUUUGGGAACCUAUCAAGGAAGAAACUGUAAAUCAACUCUAUUCUACUGGUGGCCUCGUCUACUAUCUUUCUGCUCCUCACAGUUUAACUGAAGCCAUUUCCAGCCCUUUGCGUACCGCUCUUUACAUUAUUUUUAGCACAGUGGCUUGCAUUUACUUGUCCAAGGCUUGGGUCGAUAUCUCCGGUUCUACUUCCCGGGAUGUCGCUCGUCAAUUAAAGGAUCAACAAUUGGCUAUUGCUGGUUUCCGUGAUGUUUCAAUGCACAAGGAAUUGCAGCGUAUCAUUCCUCCUGCUGCUGCUUUUGGUGGUGCCUCUUUAGCUAUUAUUGCUUCUGUCGCUGAUAUUUUUGGCUGUAUUGGUACUGGUGCAGGUAUUUUGAUGGCUGUUACCAUUAUUUUCCAAUACUUUGAAAUGUUUAUUAGAGAACAAAUGGAAGGAAACGCUUCUAUGGAAACCAUGAUGGCUGGCCAGUAACCGCUAGUCUAAUGUCCUGGUUACUUUCUCUUUCGUUUCCUUUAAUUUGUUAGAUAUUUCUUUUGCUUUUUUUCCCUCCCCUAAAUGUAAACUACGAUUUUAAGGAAACGAAAAUACUGUAUUUCUUCAAUUAUCCUAAUCUUUGUAACUUGAAUAAAACCAAACGUGAAAACCACAUCAAUGGAAGAUGUCUAAAUAUCCUAGGCUUAUUAGCCAUUGGGCUGUUGAUUUUGCAUAUUUUCCGAACGGUACAAACAUUUGAAAAAUGAGACAGGAAUAUAAGAGCAUUUCUAAAAUAAAGUGCUUCUUCUC